CGCAAAGUGGUAUGCAAUUCCUAUUCUAGCAAAAUCAGCGGAAUUACAAUUUGGCACCUGUUUCAGUUCUUAUAAAAAUGAAUGUAACAGGCAUGUUCUCAGUUGAGCACAAUCUUUUACUUGAUAAUCAAGGACUUUCUGCUUCCUUGGAGUUGGUUAGCGUUCUUCAAAACUGGUCGGACAACAGAUAGGCCAUUCAGGUUAGGCAAAUGUAUGCUGAUGUGCAUCGGCAAGGACACAGCUGCUCAUCUAAACAUGUCUAUAUUUACAGUCGGAGGGAUAAUUUAAAAGUUCAAAACAGCUGGAGCUGGCAGAAACGAGGCUGGAUGAGGGCCCAGGUUUAUCUUGUCAUCAUGCAAAGUGCAGAAGGUGGGGGAGUGUAUCUCAGCAAGAUAAUCCAGUCAAAAGCUCGCCUUUUCACCCGGAACAUCAGGGACCCUGGAACUUCGUUUGAGUACGUUAUAUUUUUCAGACAAGACAAGUUCAAGUGUGCGUGCAUCUUCCAAGCUGGACACCUUUUGGAGGGGGCACCAGGGUGAGCUAACGUUUACUCCUGGCCAUGUUUGUGUCUGAAGGUCUAUAUUUGUUUUCCAUUUUUGUCUGUAAAUAUUUCCUAAAAUUGUUGUUUUGUCUGUAGUCCCAUCCCACUUGGAAGUACAGUGCUGAUUGAAUCCAUUCUGGACAAAGAGGAUGGCAGAAAAAUUUACAUUUCAUGUAGAGUGACCAGCACGGACGGCUCCAAACUGCACACAGAGGCAACAGCUCUGUUUUUGUCAAUCAGUGUCAGCCAUCUGCUGAAAAGGUGAAGCAGCAUGCCAGGCUGGCAUAACAGAGGCCAGAACAAGCCAGUGGGUUUGACUUUGUGAGACAUUGGUUUGGAUUACGGACAUAUUUUCUAGAUUAGCUUGAAGAAACCUCUACUAACAGACUGAACUUGAAUGCCUUUGCGUAAGAGUACUAAUACAAAAACAGUACAUAUCUGUGAUGCAUUUAUUGAACAAAAUUUUAAGGAUUUGCUGACAGCAUUUUGAGUUACCAAGGGGCCUUACAGUUCGAAGCUUCCCCUGAGAUGUUUUGUAUAUUUUCUUUCUCCAAGAUCAAAGCCUCUUAUGUGGAUGUUAUUUUCACUGAAGAAAGAAAAAAAAUAUUGUAAAUAAAAAGGUAACACUUUAUUUGAAGGGGGUUGAAUAAGACUGAC